AUGAACAAAUAUUUGCAACGAUCUCACAUGCGGUAUAUCGAGCAUGUUUUGUUUUUUUCAUUCUUGCUAAACAAAUCAACCAAGCCAAUGAACCGAAUUUGUAUUGACAGCAUGGCUCACAGAUUUAAACAAAUAGCUUGUUGCUUUAACUACCAGCUCAACUCUCUCUUCAACCAAUGCUCUGCUUUAAAUGCUUGUAUGAACAGCAUUAAAAAACAUUUAAUGCUGUUCAUUUGUAUAAAAUGCUUUUUACAAAGCGGAUGCUACAAGCGGAGUAUUUGUGAACAGGAUGCGAAGUGUUACGCUUAUGCAGAGAAUAUGAGCAGGACACGAACCAAACAUUCUACUCAGAGUCUAUUCGUCUCGGUCAUACCGCAGUUGGUGUGUUUACUCAACCGACCCGUAUAA